UGAUCUCGAGAGAGCCAGGGAUUCCGACGAUGACAUUAUCAACAGUGGUGCAGAGACUGGCCGGUGUUGUCUUCAUUCCUUGACCGUCUCAGCUCGCAUUGCAUCCUGAAGUGUUACAAGGAGCAGUCGCAUUACAGUCGAAGUCAACAUGGUCGUCGGUUCAACCGCCUACAUCGGACCUCUGGUGGUCUGCCUCGUUCUCUUCAUCUUCCUAAUGCGGCUCCUCCACAUCCGUCGAACCAGAGAAAUCGCCCUCGAAGCCCGGCGAACAGUCCAGAUAAUCCAAGCCGGCGACGCAGCGGCCGCACAGCGGCGAACGCGUACACACGCACACCGCACGCGGCGGAGCGGUCAAGGAGGAAGAGAUAAUCCGUUGGCAGAAGAUCCGGAAGGGAGGAGAGAGGAUCCGGAGGUUGAUAUCGAGUUGCCGAGGUAUGAGCGUGGAGGGUUCAGGGAAGAUGAGGAGAUGGUCGUGGGAAUGCUACCGACGGUACCGCCGCCGGCGUAUAAGGGAGGUCAAGAGCAAGUCAACGUUGUACCAGUGACAGAAACAAGUACGAGUCAGAUGAACGUUACAACACCUGGUUAAUGUGCUGGACAUUUAGGCCGCUGUUGCAGGAUGCUGUAACAAUACAACUUCUGAAUUGGUUGCGUAUUCGAAACGACCAGGGAAUGAUAAU